AUGACGCCGAAAUGUUGCUUUCUAGGCUUCCUCUUCAGUGUCCUCCUGCCUGGAGUGGUAGAAACUCAGCCAGCCAACGAGUCUCUGAAACCUCAACGAGUCCAUUUUCAAUCCCGAAAUUUUCACAACAUUUUGCACUGGAAGCCUGGGCAGGCUUGUCUUGGGAACAACAGUGUCUAUUUUGUGCAGUAUAAAAUGUAUGGAGAGAGACAGUGGAAAAAUAAAGAGAACUGCUGGGGAAUUCAAGAGUUCUUCUGUGACCUUACCAAUGAAACGUCAGAUAUAUGGGAACCUUAUUAUGGGAGAGUGAGGACAACUCUGGCUGGGAUCCACUCAGGCUGGACCAUGACACAGCGGUUCACUCCAUGGUGGGAAACAAAAAUAGAUCCUCCAGUCAUGAGUAUAACCCAAGUUAAUGGAUCUUUGUUGGUAAAUCUCCAUGCUCCCAACUUACCAUACAGAGACCAAAAAGGGGAAAAUGUAUCAAUGGAAUACUAUGAGCUAGUAUAUCGAGUCUUCGUAAUUAACAAUUCACUGGAAAAGGAGCAAAAGGUGUAUGAAGGAGCUCACAGAGUUGUUGAAAUUAAAGUUCUCUCGCCUCACACCGGUUACUGCGUAGUGGCUGAGAUAUACCAGCCCAUGUUAGGCAGAAAAAGCCAGAGAAGCCGAGAGAGAUGCGUGGAAAGUCCUUGA